AGCUGAGAAUGGAAGGCGCUCUCUCUGUUAAAGCUACAGCUGCCUCUAACGCCACCUCCACGGCCACCAGCUAGAGCUUCCCACCAGCCCAGCCGGCAGUGCCACCGUCGCCUUGAGCCCUCGCCUUUGGCGUCUAGUUCCCGCACGCUUUCGGGCCCAGGACAGCUUCCACCAUGGCCACCUUGGCUAGUUCUCACUUGAACAAAAGCAUCAAGCAGCAGUACUUGAACCUGCCUCAAGGCAACAAAGUCCAGGCUAUGUAUAUCUGGAUUGAUGGCACUGAUGAGGGUCUGCGCUGUAAAACCCGAACCUUAGACUAUGAACCCAAGAGCAUUGAUGAUCUACCUGAAUGGAAUUUUGAUGGCUCCAGCACUUUUCAGUCUGAAGGCUCUAACAGUGACAUGUACCUCAUUCCUGCUGCUCUGUUCCGAGACCCCUUCCGAAAGGAUCCCAACAAACUGGUUCUCUGUGAAGUUUUCAAGUAUAAUCGAAAACCUGCAGAGACCAAUUUGAGGCAUACCUGUAAACGGAUAAUGGAUAUGGUCUCCAACCACAAACCCUGGUUUGGUAUGGAGCAAGAGUAUACUCUCAUGGGAACAGAUGGACACCCUUUUGGUUGGCCUUCUAAUGGCUUCCCUGGGCCCCAGGGUCCAUAUUAUUGUGGUGUGGGAGCUGACAAAGCCUAUGGAAGAGAUAUAGCAGAAGCUCAUUACCGUGCUUGCCUGUAUGCUGGAGUCAAAAUUGGGGGGACAAAUGCUGAAGUGAUGCCAGCUCAGUGGGAGUUCCAGAUAGGACCUUGUGAAGGGAUUGAAAUGGGAGAUCACCUCUGGGUCGCUCGCUUCAUCCUCCAUCGAGUGUGUGAAGAUUUUGGAAUGAUUGUAUCAUUUGAUCCCAAGCCAAUCCCUGGGAACUGGAAUGGAGCUGGUUGCCACACUAACUUCAGUACCAAGGCCAUGAGAGAGGAGAAUGGUCUAAAGCAUAUUGAAGAAGCAAUCGAGAGACUCAGCAAGAGACACCAAUAUCACAUCCGAGCCUACAAUCCCAAAGGGGGUCUGGACAAUGCCCGACGCCUGACGGGUUUCAACGAGACCUCCAAUAUCAAUGAGUUCUCUGCUGGUGUGGCCAACCGUGGUGCCAGCAUCCGCAUUCCCAGGACGGUUGGGCAAGAGAAGAAGGGCUACUUUGAAGAUCGCCGCCCCUCUGCCAACUGUGACCCUUACGCAGUUUCAGAGGCGCUUAUUCGUACCUGUCUCCUCAAUGAGACAGGAGAUGAACCCUUUCAGUACAAAAACUAAGUGGACUAGACCUACAGAUACCUUCUGUAUCCCCCACCCCAUAACCCUUUUCUCAUGCCCUUUUCCACCUCACCUGUCUCCUCUUCCACGUUUCCCUACUAGAUGUAACUCAGGGCACAAAAUACCACGUUUUUUUGUGCCCACAGAUAACUCCUUGCUUUUCUUUUGUGGGGGAAAGGGAGUAGGGUUGGGUGAUUGUUUUUAAUCUUUUCCCAUCAUUGAGGACUUUUUGAAGACUGAGAAAAUAGUAUGUUAGUGGGGAAAAGGGGUUGGGGAACAUAACCACUGCUUCCAUCUAAUCAAGUUUGUACAUCUGACAGAGACUUAUGGCUUCCAGGGAAAAAAUAAAAGAAUAAAUAUUUGAGAGAGGCCAGUUGGGGGUUGGGGGGGAGUGGAAAAUGGGUAGAGGGAGGAAUUUACUUUUUUUUUUUUUGGUGGAAUGGAGAGGAGUAUUAAAUUCAUACAUGAGACUGUAUAACCUCCUUUUCUUUAAAGAUAAGAAUUAGUAAGGGGUGGUUGCCUCAGCUUAGGUAGGCAGGAAAACGAGCCCUUUGUCUUUUAGCUGUAUGGGCAUCUUUAUAUUUUCCCUGGUCUUAGAGGGGGAAACCCUUGGCCAGAAGAUAGUCAGUAGGCUGUGUGAACCAAUGGGGAUUGCUCAACUUUAGAAAAAGAGAAAAGGAACCUUCUUGCCAUUCAUCCAUCCUCCUUUCACCCAAAGCAGAGUAGUAUUUUUAUAUUUAAAUUUAAAAACAAAAAAAACUAUAUGGGGUGUUUGUAUGCUGGGGAGGGGGUUAUAUAGAAUAGGAUUAAAGACUGGCCCUUAAGGAAAGGCAGUGGUAGGUGGGAAGGUGGGAAAGGGGUGGUCAGAAGCAAGCAGUGCUAGAAGGAAUUUGGGCAAAAAAAGCCAGCUUUGGUGACUGGCCAUCUUUUCAGUUUGUGGUUGAAUUUCUUGACCACCUUCUUUCCCAUCCAUGUACAAGACAGCAGGAACCACCUGGUGGCUGUAAUUUUAACAAGCACACAUUGAAUGAAACGCACAUAAGUUGGGGGUGGGUGGGUUUAUGGUGGUAAAAAGUGAGUUGGCUGGUCAACUUAACCAUGUUAUUUGGGGGGGGGUGUUUAUUUUCUGGUGGAACUAGCAUGUCACUAAAGCAGGCCUUUUGAUAUAUUAAAAAAAACCCUUUAUAAAAAGGCAAAAACAGUUUUAGAUUUUAAUAAUGUUUAUAGGGUUUCUAAGUUGUACAGUUUUUCAGAGUUGCAUGCAUGUAUUUCCCCAGUGCACUCAAAUGGUCCCCUUGCCCGAUUGCUGUGAGGUGGGGGGAUGACAAUGUUGGGUUCAGUCAUUUGUGAUUUUGUACCCUGCUAUCUUUUCUGAGUGCCGAAUCUUCCUUGCCUUUUUGUCAAAAGAUUUCUGAAUAGUUUUUUCCCUUUUUAAUAAAAACAACAGAAAAAUACCCUUAA